AUGAUCGCAGAACCGUCAAUGCCAGAACGGCGCCCCUCGCCAGGCCUCUCCCUCAACCUCAACUCCAACAAUCCGUUCCGCAACAGAGCAGGCUCGCCCGCCAUCCCUUCGCCCAAUCUCAAUACCCCUACGAGCGCUGGCAGCAGGCCCAUGUCCCGCAACCCCUUCCUCUCCACCUUUGAAGCCGAGUUCAACAAGGAAGCCGCCAACACCAAUCUCAUCGAUAUGUCCGCUUCCAUGAAGGAGUCCCCUAAGAAGGCAACUUUUGGCACCAGCGCCGAAGAGCUAUUCAACAAUCUCACACUCGACGACAAAGAGAAGCGGGACCCACCCCGUGGUAAUCCACCUCGAGGAGGCCCGGUAUACCCCAACGGCCGUCGGCCUUCACGUUCGGAAGAGGAAGAGCGCAGGCAUCGCAACGGCCCCAGGGGCCCGCCACGACCUCGACCACCUCCAGGUUCGCGCCCCCCGCACGCCAGCAGCCCCGAACGUAGAGAGCCCCGCCGUCCCCGUCGAAAUUCCGAGUCUUCGAUGAUUGACAAGGGCUCUCUGGGCCCAGAAGAGGAGCGCAGACGUAGGGAACGCCGCAAGUUGCGAGAUGAGCGUUCGAAAGACGGUAAAAGCCGUUCUACGAAAGUACGGAGACCGCAAGGACUAGAUUUGAUUGACAAGCUCGAUGUAACCGGAAUUUACGGUCCAAGUCUGAUCCACCACGACGGCCCAUAUGAUGCUGUCCAACCCCACCGCAACCGCCAGAAGGAUCAACGCGCCCCCAUGCAAGCGUUCCCCGUGGGUUCUGCCAACAAUGCCCUUGGCGGCUCUGGACCGGUCAACAAGCACAUCGACCUGGACACUUUCCACGGCCGAGGUGCCGAGGGUUUCACUGAUUUCGGUGCCGGUGGUGGAGAUUUCAAGAAGCGUACCGAUACAGGAGGCUUCAACCCCAAGGCUCGAGCCGACAUUGUACACGGAGAAGAGACGGUCGGCCUCGGAACUUCCACGUUCCUUGAUGGAGCACCCGCUUCCAGGGCAGCGAUCCAGCGGCGCGAGUCUGAAAAUCACACUACUUCGGCGGAUGGUGGUCUUGGCCGCAAGAAAUCAAUUGCACAAAGAUUCCGCGGCAUUUCACAACCACGACGCUUCGGUGAGGGUGGCCGGAUCACCUCCCCAGAGGCCCGCUAUGGCGGAGGCAGUCCUGGAAGCCCACAUGCAGUCAGUGCUGGUGGACUGUCUAAGGCCAAUGAACGAAAUCCCUUCUUUGACGAAUACGAUGCUGCAUACGAUAGGAAAGGCGCCGCUAUCAAGGUGUCCGACGCUGGAUCCAAGGACGCCCCUGCAAAAUCUCCAUCAUCGCCCGGAAACCGCAACCAUCUGACACGGACCCUGACUGCGGAUAGUGCCGAAGUUCAGGGAGAGACAAAGUCGAAUGGCUUUCUUACCCGAAUGAAGAGCUUGAAAGGAGGAAAGCGGCCAAAGCCUGAACGUCCCGCUGCUUGA